CUGAAGCCUGCUGAAAUCCAGGCUAAUCCUCCUGUUGACUCCGAUAGGUUUUGGAUCUGACUCACAGGAGAAAAAAACUUAAUCCUGAGGUUUGAUUAUCCUUUUCAUGAUCUGAAGUAUUUUGGUUCUAUUUCCCUUGCAGCCAGUCAUGUGCCCACCAAGAACUUUUUGACCAGACAACACACCUGUAUACCUCCUCUCUGUACACUUUGGUACACUUGUACCAAAAUCUCUGCAACUUCUCUUUUCAAUAGCAAUAACAAUUCAUAUCUCUCUCUGUCUUCAUAUCCCUCUCAUAUCCAUCCCCAUGGAUGCCAAUCCAUGGGUCUCAAAGCACUUUACACAGAACAUUAUUAUCUCAUUAUCCCUAUUUUAAAGGCAGGGCACUGAGCCAGAGAGAGAAGAAAUACCUUGCUCAAGUUCCCAUAACAGGCCUAUAGCAGAGGCAGAAAUAAAAUCCAUGUCCCCUGAACCCCAGUUCAGUGCUCCAUCCCCCAUCCUGCUCUGUUGUAUUCUCCCCAAUAUAGCAACAAACAGUACGACUCAACACACUGUCAUGCUGUCCAGCACAGAACAUAUUGUGGAAAUAAAGUAAAACUAGAAAUUAUUUACAAGCAGAAGAUUCAGCAACAAAAAGUUCAACCUGAAAUUCUCAUAAGCUCAUUCAAGUAUCUCAAAACGUCCAGUGGGAUUUUCUGCCUCUCUCUCUCGCUUUCUUGUUAGACCACCUAGCGACAGGCUAGGAAAUGAAUGGGCAUGCUCCAAUCACCUCUUCCUACUAGGUCCUGGUCUCCUUUUUGUAUUUCUUCUUCAUUCUGCUUCCCUACCCUGUUUCACACACUCUCCUUCUGUCUCCUCACUCUUCCUGCUGCUCUUAUCUCCCUUCUCCUCUUCUUUCCUACUGAUCUCCUCUCCGUUCAGUGCCUAUCCUCUUUCCCCCUCCACCUUCACCUCAGGAGAGUGAAAGAGCUCUCGCUCCGGGUCUGCUGUAGCUGAUAGUGAAAUCACUUAGUGUUGCACCGGAAACACUGAAUCUUGAGCUCAAGUUAUGACUAAUAUAUAAAGCUGCUCACAAUUCUUCUGAUGGAAAGAUCUUCAGUUGAAAAAAGAUUUAGUCAAAAUCUUUUUUUUUAAUGGAAACUUAAUUUUUUGAUUAAAAAAAUAUCUAGGCUUUUCCCCAUUUUAUUUUGAAGAAAGUCCAGCCUGGUUAUGUAGGACAAACAAAUGGCUGCCCAUUCUUACUGACAUAUUACAGAGGAAAUUGUUUCAGAUGUUCUCCCUUGAGAUGAAUUUGUUUCUUGUGUUUAAACCAUAGCCAUGUCUUGCUAUUGAGCUGGAAUAUUACAUUUUCUUUCCCUAUUCUCCCAAACCAUGUGGGGCCUGGAGAGUGGAGCUCUGCAGCAUCCCUGAAACACCUUGCCUGGGCAGAGCAGUCAACGGAACUGCUUUGCUGAGGACUUUAAAAAGGAGCAGCACUCUUCCACCCUUCUCUGUGCCAGCUAGAGAAAGGUUUGAUCUAGGAGAUGCUGAGCACACUCCACUCCUGCACAACUCAUCGGGGACUGAGCUCCUCCUGAAAUUGAGCUGAGGGGGCUGAGGAUUAGCUCUGCCCAGAGGUGAAGACCCCUGCCACAGCAGCACAUGCAUUAGGCUGGAAUCUUACUUAGAGGCUGAAAAGGAGCAGAAAAGAGUAGACCAAAGAAAUACUCUCCACGCCCACACGUCCAAAACCAGCUCAGCAGUGUUCUGCCCUCGAGCUAAUCCCCAGAUAUGAAAGCAUGAUAACAACCCAGAUCUUGGCACAGUAUGAAUGACACACCAGUUCUGAAACAGAAAGGCACCCCAUGCUUUCAACAUUAUGAAACCACACGGAUGUACCAGGAAGUCCCGUUCUUCUAUCUGUUUUGCUUUUUCCUCUAGCUGAGCCGAGCCAUCAUUCAGCCCCUGCCAUGAAGCUUGUGAAUGCAGCCGGGUUCUUUGCCCUGGUGCCCACAGUGGUGUUAGCACUGGAGCCCAUCACUACCUCUCUUGCCAUUGGAGGGGGGGCAAUUGCCACGUGGCAGCUCCUCUCCCAGAACUCCUGGCUCAAGUGUCGCUUCUGGAAGUGUUGCAAUGUGAAGGACAGUCUGGAUAUCCCAGCUUUGAAAAUGGUUCUGAAACAGGAAGUCUUUGGGCAGCACCUUGCCACCCAUGUGGUUCUGAAAGCAUUGAGUGUGAAUGCCAAAGUCAAACGGCCAACAAAACCCCUGGUGAUGUCUUUUCAUGGCUGGACUGGCACUGGCAAAUCUUUUAUCAGCAAGAUCAUAGCGAAGAACCUGUACCCACUGGAAGAAAUCAGGAGGAGGUUUGUCCACCAGUUUGAUGCAGUUCUUCAUUUUCCACAUGCUGAACAUGUCAAUCGGUACAAGGAGCAGCUGCAGAACUGGAUUCGAGGCAAUGUCAGUGCCUGCCCAAGAUCACUCUUCAUUUUCUCUGAAAUGGAGCAGAUGCCACAUGGGCUGAUUGACUCCAUCCUACCAUACCUCAGUCACCGUGGGGAGAUUGAUGGUGUCUACUAUGGCAAGGCCAUAUUCCUCUUCCUGAACAAUGCAGGAGGGGAUAUGAUAACAGAGGUGGCUCUGGACUACUGGAGGCAGCAGAAAGGAAGAGAAGAAAUUCCCCUGAAGGACCUGCAGUCUCGGCUUUCCCAGGAGAUUUUCAGUAACAGGAAUAGUGGCUUUUGGCAGAGCAAGCUGAUCCAAAGGAACAUGGUGGACUAUUUUAUUCCUUUCCUUCCUCUGGAAUAUACACACGUGCGGGAGUGCGUCCGGGUAGAGCUGCGCUUCCAGGGCCACCAUGAAGAUGAGGACCUCAUCACAGACAUUGCCUUAGCGAUGGCCGACUAUCCCAGCAAUGAGAGACUCUAUUCCAGCAAAGGCUGCAAGACGGUGGCCUCAAAGGUGAACCUGAGCAUCUAGAAGGUCUGAGUGCACACAAAAAAAGAGGAAACAACAGCCGGGUCCUUUCUCCUUCCCUAAGCAACUUCUCAAACUAAAUUCUUUGGGGCAGGGAAAUAUUCCUUAACAUAUAGAGAGCCCCAAGUGAACUUCUUUUUUGUAGAUCAAGAAAUCCCUUUCCUACGUUAGUACAUGCUGCUGUAUGUGAAUGAAAAUAAAGGUGGUCUAUAUUUUUAA